AUGUUCGAUAAAGUUUUCCAACGGGCGUUGAAAUUCCGUCUGAAAAAGACUUAUCCGACGAAUAUCUAUGAUCUAACACGCGGGGCGGCCAUCGCCGUCCGGCGUCCGUAUAGUGAUGAAGUGCGUCGCGCCCAAGCCCAAAGCGUCGCUGCCCCAGGGCCUACGAUCUUCGACAAAAUAAUAUCGAAGGAAAUCAAAGCCGACAUAAUCUAUGAGGAUGACCUUUGCCUCGCCUUCAACGACAUCAGCCCCCAAGCACCGGUUCACUUCCUAGUAAUACCAAAAAGACGAAUACCGCGACUUCAAGAUGCUGUGGAUACUGAUAAAGAGAUCCUCGGCCACCUAAUGCUGGUGGCGCGUUCCCUUGGCGCUGCCAGGGCGCCUGCUGGAUGGCGGCUGGUGGUCAACAACGGUCGCCACGGGGCCCAGUCGGUAUACCACCUCCAUCUGCACGUGAUGGGGGGCCGGCAGAUGGGCUGGCCCCCGGGC